AUGUCUUCCUCUCACGGCGAGACGUUGGAUAAGUCGCCAGCGCUGGAUACCAGACCGACUGAUAAUGAUGCACUGCGUCGUGCAGAUGGGAUUUCAGGAUUGUACGAGGGAAAUGUCUUCGACGCUUCGCCCGACGACCGUCGCCAAAUUGGCAUCGUCAGUGCCUCCUUUUUGAUCUUCAACAGAGUCAUUGGUACCGGUAUCUUCGCAACGCCUAGUACCAUCCUGGCACUGUCAGGCAGUGUUGGUCUCUCCCUCUUCAUGUGGGUGAUAGGAACUAUCAUCGCCCUGGCCGGAACAGCUGUGUACAUGGAAUGGGGAACCGCGAUCCCAAAAAACGGAGGCGAGAAGAACUACCUUGAAUAUGUCUACAAGAAACCGAAAUUCUUCGUCACUGCCAUGUUCGCGGCAUAUGUCAUCUUGCUUGGAUGGGCUGCUAGUAACAGUGUUGUCUUUGGACAGUAUAUCCUCAACGCAGCUGAGGUCGAAGUCGGACGCUGGAAUCAGCGUGGAAUUGGACUUGCGUGUCUGACUGCUGCCUUUCUCAUCCACUCCGUGGCUUUGAAAUGGGGUCUUCGUCUCCAGAACUUCCUUGGCGUGAUUAAGUUGAUCAUCGUUUUGAUCAUCGUCGUGUCUGGAUGGGUCGCCCUCGGUGGGCAUAUGAAGGCUGAGAAGCCGGACAACUUCACCAAUGCCUUUGAAGGAACGGUAGGGAGUGGGUAUAGUAUUGUCAUGGCAUUGUACAAUGUCAUCUGGUCGUUCAUUGGGUAUUCGAAUGCCAAUUAUGCUUUGAGCGAAACGAAGAACCCAGUCCGCACUCUGAAGAUUGCAGCACCAGUAGCAAUCUGCUCAGUCGGCAUCCUCUACAUGCUCGUCAAUGUCGCCUACUUCGCCGCCGUUUCCAAGGAAGAGAUGCUCAGCUCGGGCAGCAUCGUGGCCGCCGUCUUCUUCCGCAAUAUGCUCGGCAAGCAGGCCGAGAGAGUCAUGUCUGUCUUCGUGGCUCUAUCUGCAUUCGGCAAUGUGAUGUCUGUCAUCUUCUCUCAGGGCCGAAUCGUCCAAGAAUUGGGCCGUGAAGGCGUCUUGCCAUUCUCCAAAGUCUGGGCUAGUAACUGGCCCUUCCGUUCACCAGCCGCGGGCCUCCUCGAACACUACAUCGUAUCAGCCGUCAUCAUGCUGGCUCCCCCUCCAGGCGAUGCCUACAACUUCCUCCUUAACCUAAUCUCCUACCCAUUGGCAAUAAUCAACUUCUUCGUAUCCGCCGGUCUAGUCUAUGUCAACCUCACCAAAAACAAGAACUUCCCAGACUGGGCGCCUGGGAUCCGCGCCACUGUUCCAGUGACUGUGUUCUUCAUGCUGUCCAAUCUCUACCUUGCCAUUGCGCCUUACAUCCCGCCAACUGCGGACCAGAAUGUCUACGAGGAGCUUCCAUACUACCUGCAUUGCGUGGUGGCUUUGGGCCUCUUCGCUGCGGGAGGAAUCUACUAUAUUGUGUGGGCGGUGCUGCUGCCCCGAUUCGGUGGGUAUGUUCUCGUUAAGGAGACUGUUGUGGAUGCCGAUGGGUGGUCGCGUAGUGUGUUCACUCAGUUGCCACAGGCACAAGCGCAUCAGUGA